GGAACUUGCCAUCUGAAAUCUGACACACCAAGAAGCAAAGAAGGGGAGGAGGGAGGACGGACAACUGGGGAAGAAGUGUUUGGUUCAGGUGCCAAAACAGAUUGUAUGAGGAUUGCCAGUCUCCAUGUACCUGCCAAAGAUCUACUGAAUACCCAGAAUAAAGGGGAAAGAGACCCAGUGGCCAAUAGCAGGCAUGUCUAUGUUCCUUCUUCCAUCGGGGCCAAACCAAGCUUCUCCUUUCGUACCUGUUCAGUACUGCUGCCAUGGAGUGCAACAAGAGCCACGCGUGGGAUCAGCAUGCACCGCUCUGUAAAGAAAUAAUCUUCUGUGUUUUCUCUUAAGAAUCACUGGAUUAAACUUCAACUUUAAACAAGGGAAGGGGGCUUUCUAGAACAUCUUUGGAAUUGCUCUUCACACGCCUGCCGCUCGAAAUAUGGAGAACAGUCGAGCUCUUUGAUUAUCAGUGUUUUUGCCUUCUGAGUCAAGGCAUAUGGGCCACACCAACUGGCUUGUGGCAGGUUUGGGACAAUCGCUUUUGGGAGAAACAGUGCUGCAAGGAACACACCUCAUUGCUGGUUGCUCAUUGGACUAUGCCCUCGGUCCCUUGCAAGCUCCUAUUGUAACUAUCUACAUUAUUUCCUGGUUGCCAAAUGCCACCUUGGAUGCCUUGCAGGCAGCUGGCGACACUGUUUCCCUGAUCAAAGCUGGAGACCUAUACAUGGAUUCCAAGGAACAGACCAAAACAUCAAACUGCCGGAAGCUGUUGCCCUUUCUUUUCCUCCAGCUGAUAAUCAGCAUAGUGUUGUUUGCCUACAUCCGAACUGCCCGGCAGGCAGACUCUUCAGAGUCCAUUCCUUCAGCACUAGAGCCAGUGAAACAACUUGGAACGAGCAUCCCUACUGACAAGGGACCCCCAGAGAUCACCAUCCUGCUAUGGACUUGGCCGUUUGGGCAAUCAUUUGACUUUCCAAAAUGCUCCUCGCUCUUUAACAUCCGGGAUUGCCACUUCACCGCUGACCAAAGCUGGUCUGCCAAGGCUGAUGCAAUUGUUGUACACCACAGAGAUGCAUGUUACUCCAGAAAUCUUCCCCCAAAUCCAUGUCCACCUACCCAACGUCGGAUCUGGUUUAAUUUGGAGUCUCCCAGCCACUCCCCCAAUCUGGGCUACAUGGAUAACAAUUUUAAUCUCACCAUGUCGUACCGGAGAGACUCGGACAUCUUCGUCCCUUACGGGUGGCUGGAGAUCCUCAAUCAACCACAGAACUUUACCAUCCCACCCAAGUCUAAGCUAGUGGCUUGGGUUGUCAGCAACUGGAACCCAAGCUCCCGCCGGGUACAAUACUAUCAAGAACUCAAGAAGUACCUACAAGUUGAUGUUUAUGGACGGCAGCACUUGUCUCUCCCUCGGGACAAACACCAUUCCACUUUAAUGCAGUAUAAAUUCUAUCUAUCUUUUGAGAAUUCCAUCCAUGAAGACUACAUCACUGAGAAAGUCUGGAAGAAUGCCUUUCUCUCCAUGGCUGUUCCCAUUGUCUGUGGACCACCACGGAAGAAUUAUGAACGCUUUUUGCCCCCAGACUCCUUUAUCCACAUUGAAGACUUCCCCUCUGCCCAAGAAAUGGCCCGUUUUUUACAAGAACUGGACAAGGAUGACGUACGGUACCAGAGUUACUUUCGUUGGCGGUCACGGCUGAAACCUGUCGGAGAAACGUACUGGGCCAUUCACUACUGCAAGGCAUGCCGGGCUUUACAAGAAACUCCCGUUCACUACAAGACUGUGCCAGAACUGAGCAAGUGGUUCAAAUGAGAUGAACACUGCACAUCCUUUCAGAUAACUUCCACUUUGGUUAACCAUCAAUCUUCUCUUGGAACAGCUGGAUAGCUAGAUUAAGAAAAAAUCCUCCCUUCUUACCUGUAUGUUUAAGGACUUACAGAAAUGUUAAUAGAAGGUGAAGUGGAGGCAUGACAUGAGGUUAUAAACAUGAGGUCAGGUAUCCCACAGUUUCCUCAACGCUGAUUUUUGACAGUCCCCCAAAGAGACUCUUUCUGGUCCAUUCACAUCAGUUGUGUUGUUCUCUAUCUGCUGAUAGUGCAACAAGUGGAACAGUUCAUAGCACAUGCAGUAUGAGCCUCCCUGCCACCAGAUUGGGAUAGGCUGUUUUACACAGCAGAUUUGUGGAUACUAUUAAAGCAGAACAAAUGAG